AUGACUAGCGACAGACACUCCAAGACUACACAAAGACACCCCAGUGACUACAGACAGACACUCCAAGACUACACAAAGACCCCCAAUGACUACAGAAAUACUCAAGGAGAUCCAAAUCUACGCAAGGAGACUCCACUACUGCCAGAGGGAAUCCAAGGACUACCAUAUGACAUCAUACGACUACCAAAGGACACAAUAGAACUAUCAAAGGACACGCUAGAACUACCAAAGGACACUCUAAAACUACCAACGGACACACUAGAACUACCAAAGGACACACUAGAACCACCAAAUGACACAAUAGAACUACCAAAGGACACACUAGAACCACCAAAGAACACACUAGAACUACCAAAAGACACACUAGAACCACCAAAGGACACACCAGAACCACCAAAGGACACACUAGAACUACCAAAGAACACACUAGAACUACACAAGGACAAUCUAGAACCAGACACAAUAGAACUAUCAAAGGACACACUAGAACUACCAAAGGACACUCUAAAACUACCAACGGACACACUAGAACUACCAAAGGACACACUAGAACCACCAAAUGACACAAUAGAACUACCAAAGGACACACUAGAACCACCAAAGAACACACUAGAACUACCAAAAGACACAUUAGAACCACCAAAGGACACACUAGAACUACCAAAGGACACACUAGAACUACACAAGGACAAUCUAGAACCAGACACACUAGAACCAGCAAAGGACGCACUAGAACUACCAAAGGACACACUAGAACCACCAAAGGACACACUAAAACUACCAAAGGACACACCAGAACCACCAAAGGACACACUAGAACUACCAAAGGACACAUUAGAACUACCAAAGGACACAUUAGAACUACCAAAGGACACACUAGAACCACCAAAGGACACACUAGAACUACCAAAGGACACACUAGAACCACCAAAGGACACACUAGAACUACCAAAGGACACACUAGAACCACCAAAGGACACACUAGAACCACCAAAGGACACACUAGAACUACCAAAGGACACACUUAGAACCACCAAAAGACACACUAGAACCACCAAAGGACACACUAGAACUACCAAAGGACACACAAGAACUACCAAAGGACACACUAGAACCACCAAAGAACACACUAGAACCACCAAAGGACACACUAAAACUACCAAAGGACACACCAGAACCACCAAAGGACACACUAAAACUACCAAAGGACAGAACACACUAGAACUACCAAAGGACACACAAGAACUACCAAAGGACACACUAGAACCACCAAAGAACACACUAGAACCACCAAAGGACACACUAGAACUACCAAAGGACACACCAGAACCACCAAAGGACACACUAAAACUACCAAAGGACAGAACACACUAG